UCAAUUGCUUGAAUUCAGAGCCAAUUGGCCUUUAAUUAUUCUCCUCGCACUAAAAGUCAGACGAUUUAGAUAGCAUCAGGAUUCCCUUGCUCUUCUCUCAGUUUUCUGUUUGUUUCCCGAGAAAAAGAAAAUCUGUUUUCUGCAACUGCAGACAUGAAAAACUGUAGGAUUAAUGUCUUAUGUUUCUUGCUUAAAUUACUUGUUCCUCUUUCACUUGGCCAACUAUCCCCAACUGAAACAACAAUUCUGUUACAGCUUCAACAAAUGAUUGAGUUUCCUCAGGGAUGGACUAACUGGACCAACUUCUGUUGGCUACCUCCCUCACCUUCUUUCAACAUUGUCUGCUCUAACGGUCACGUAACGGAAUUAACUCUCGUCGGGAACAUAAUCUCCCCUUCGAAAAUCCCGAAACAAAUUCUUCGCUCUAAGAAUCACACUUUGUCCAAGAAUUUCUCCAUUGAUGCCUUAUUUACUCUUCUGACAAAGCUUUCAGGCUUGAAAAUUUUAUCACUUGUUUCAUUAGGAUUAUGGGGUCCAUUUCCUGCCAACAUCAGUAGACUUCGGUCACUUGAAGUACUUAAUGUUAGUUCGAAUUUCAUUUAUGGUUUAGUUCCUCGACAGGUUGUGUCUUUAAAGAAUCUUUCCAGUCUUGUUCUGUCUGAUAAUUUGUUGAAUGGCAGUGUUCCAGAUCUCAAAAGCUUAGUUAUACUUCAAGAAUUGAACCUGGCUGACAAUAAUCUUGGACCCAAUUUCCCUUCUUUAGGUAAAAAUCUUCAUACUAUAAUUCUUAGUAACAAUUCCUUGAGAUCUGUCAUUCCAUCAGCAUUCAACAGCUUCAAUCGCCUUCGAAAAUUAGACAUUUCGAACAAUAAACUAAUCGGAUCAAUCCCGUCUUUUCUGUUUUCUCUGCCCUCGAUUCGAUAUCUUGAUUUAGCUAAAAAUCAACUCAGUGGCGCCUUGCCAACCAACGCAUCUUGUACAUCCAACCUUAAAUUUGUUGACAUUUCUAGCAACCUUUUGGUCGGAAAAUUACCUUCAUGUAUCACAUCUAGUUCGCGGAAUCGCACGGUUAUUAGUUCAUGGAAUAGCCUGUCUAGUGGAAAUCCAAGUUCCCAGCAUCCAUUUUCAUUCUGCCACAAAGAAGCAUUGGCUGUUAAGCCUCCGGUUAAGCAGAAUCCCAGUGUUCAACUUGGCCUGAUACUUGGUAUUAGUGGCGGUGUUAUUGGGAUCACAGGUGUGCUUGUGUUGCUGAUUCUGAUUACUAUUAGAAGAUUCAAAUCAAGAUCCAACAAUGACAAAUUUGAAGCACCUAUGUUUGAUAAAAUGUCCGUCAUCAGCUCCUCUGUGCCAACCAUUGAUUCGAGGCGUGUGCCUCAGACAAUGAGGUCAGCUGUAAUAGGCCUUCCGCCAUAUCGCAUGUUCACCUUAGAAGAAAUUGAAGAUGCGACAAACAACUUUGAUCCGUUGAAUUUCAUGGGAGAAAGAUCUCAAGGACAGCUGUAUAAAGGCUGUCUAGGAGAUGGGGCAGUGGUGCUAGUAAAAUGUGUGAAAUUAAAGCAGAAGAAUUUGGUUCAAAGUUUGGCGCAGCACAUGGAAGUAUUUUCAAAGCUGAGACACUUGCAUUUGGCUAGUGUUCUCGGACACUGCACCGUUACUUAUCAGGAUCAUCCAAGUACAGCUACAACAGUUUUUGUUCUUCUUCAACACAUUACCGAUGGAUCUCUCCGCGAUUAUCUUACAGACCGGAGAAAAAAGGAUAUCCUGAAAUGGCCACAAAGAAUGUCGAUUGCCAUCGGAGUUGCAAGGGGAAUACAGUUCUUGCAUACAGGAGUAGCUCCCGGAAUAUUCGGAAAUAAUGUCAACAUUGAAAAUGUAUACUUGGAUGAUACACUCACUGCAAAACUCACAAAUUAUACCAUUCCUAUGCCAUCAAAGGUGGGUUCAGAAAGUCCUCUAAAUGGACAAGAUAUCUAUAACAACAGUGUAAAUGCUGAAAAGGAAGAUAUAUAUCAGCUUGGUGUGAUCCUAAUCCAAUUAAUUACUGGAAAAUUAGUUGCAUCAUCGGAUGAACUCGAAGAAUUAAAGAUUCAGCUUGAAAAGGGGCUAUGUGAAGCACCAACAAAACUACGAGCAAUGGUAGAUCCGUCAACAAGGGGAAGUUUCGCGUACGAAUCAGUAAGAAGUUUGGUUAAAAUCAGCAUGAAUUGCGUUUGUGAAGAGUUAAAUAAUAGGCCUUCAAUAGAAGAUGUGUUAUGGAACUUGCAGUAUUCGAUGCAAGUUCAGGAUGGAUGGACUAGUAGCGGAAACCUUGCUAAUACUGAAAGCCUGGCUACACAAAUCUAGUACAAAUUUCGCAUUGCCUUGUUUUCAUGUUGUCCUGGCCCCUAUUUACAUCUUCUCUUUUUAUUCUUUUUAAUACUCUUUACAUUCCAAUAUCGGACGACGUUUUCAGCGUUUUAAUGUGGAUUAUUAAAUUGUAGGGAUAAUUACUAAUUUCUCUCGGACUUUA